AUGCCAGAGCCUCAGGCUGUCGUUCGGGCUCGCCUGGAGCUUCCUCUCUACGAGGGGGCCGCGUUCGCAGGGAAGGAGAAGGCCCACUUCGCCGUCGAGCCACUCUGCAACCAAGCCAGUGGUACCCAAGCGUGCGUCAGGCAUGAGACCUCAAAACCGCUCCGACUUGUCUCCAUCUGUAUCACCACCUACAACAAGAGGAAGGCCGCCGAGAAGGCCCGGCUUGAGCUCCGACAACUCAAGGCUCUCCAGCAGCCCAAUAGCGCUGCCCUCAAAGUUGCUGAGGACGCCGUCAAGAACGCCAAAGCCGAAUGUGGCACUUUGUGCCCCUUUAGGGUCGUCAUGUCGAGAGACUCGAGAUCAGAGCCGUAUCGCUGCACUAAGCUCUGCAGCGAUCAUACGUGCACUGUGAUGGCUCAGCCCGCUUAUCAUGGCGUCUCCCGACGUGCCCUGAUGGAUCAGGCGGUGGAUGCACUGCAUACAGGCGCGCAAACUGGCCAGAAAUCGACGGCCAUCGCCGACACCCUCUCUAAACACCUAUCUUACAAGCCUCCCCUUCAUACGACCCAGAGAGCGCGUGGACGUCAACGUAAGGCCACUGUUGCUGAGCACAACCGCCAAUGGAAGCAGCUGGACCAUUACCUGGAGCUCCUGAGGGCUGCAGACCUGAACGGACUUGCAGAGAAGGACGGUCUCAAAGUCGUUGUUUCACUCUCAAGCGCACCUGAAGUUGCUCGUCGUUGUAAACCGGUCGUGGCCGUCGACGGCUGCCAUUCUACAGGCCAACACCGCCUCACGAUCUCCCUAGCAUGUACCCUUGACGGUGACAAUCAUCUGAACGUCCUCAGCUGGGGCCUGGCGGAGACAGAGUGUCAUGCACCGUACCGGCGCCUGACCAACUCCACCUGUAUCCUCCCAUGCGUACGGCUACCCGUUAGGCGUGACGAGCUUGAUUUAUUACACAUACCUCUGCUCGACGAUCCUGAUCGUGUAAUCGUCUCAGAUCGCCAGAAAGGCCUCCUGAACGCCAUCAGCAGUGUUCUGCCGGGUACCAAGCACUCCUACUGCUGCCAGCACCUCAUACAGAACGUGCAGAAGAGGUUUAAGCGAGCAGCGAUCACGAGGUUCUUCGAGAGACUGGUGCACGCCCGCACUGAAACCGAGUUCAUGGCUGUUUACAACAAGGGGUUGACCCUCUACGACGCCGAGGUCUGCGAAUACAUCAACGGCAUAGGUCCCUUUAGCAGCUGGGCCCUCCCAUUCUUCAGUUUUCCAGGCCGGUUUGGCACUACGACGUCCAACACGGUCGAGGCCACCAACAGCUGGAUAGGCGAGUUACGCGAGAAGCCCGUUGUAGACUUCCUCCAUGGUCUCCCAGACAAGGUCCUGCGCCACGCUGUGAAGCAGAAGAAGGCCGCGGCUGCUGAGAAGGGUGCCGUGUCGCUGAGGGCCAUGAAAGAGGUCUCCAGGGAGCUUGACGAGGCGUUGAACUACCUAGAACGGGCUUUUGUAUGGGCAACGGCACCCUCUAUCAUCGGCAAGGUGACGAGCCCCUAUUCUCGAGCCGAGAGGGUCGGCCAGACCGACCUGGAGCCCCUGGUGGCUCCUUUCUGCACGACUGAGGGCUGGAGAGCGGUCUACGAGACACUGAUGCCUCUCCACGCCUUGCCGGCGGUCUCCGAGUUGGGUGUCGACGAGGAUGAGCUGUUGCCCAAACUCAGAGGCAGCGGGUCUGGCCGUAAGAAGAUGAAGCGUUGGGCGGAGGGCAAGGUGGCCUCGCAGGCCUCGCAGGUCGAUCGGUUCCAGUUCUAG